UCAAAACUGAGUUAAGUGCAUGUGCAUAAAAAAUCAUGAAAUUGAUUGAAACAGUGUUUGAUUUGUAGAACUGGUCGUGUAGUUUUCAUUUUAAGUUGAAAUUGUUCCAUACAAGGAAUAGAAUUUGACUUUUUUGUUGUAACAAAAGUGAACUAACAUUACAAUGUAACAUCGAUAUUAUGUUAAUAACAUCAAUAGUGGGCUUAUAAAUCAAGUGAAAUCAGAUGAAAUAUGGCAAAAAUUGCAAUAGAUUUGAACUCUAUUUAAAAAACUAAACUAGAACAUUCUACAAACAUAAAUUGAUAGUAUGAAAUGAGAGAGAGAGAGAGAGAGAGAGAGAGAGAGAAACAACAGAUAAUUAAUAUAGCAAGUACAAAACAAUACCAAGUACAUAAAUGAAUUUAAAAUUCAAAAAUAUGUGAUUGAUAUCUGAGUCUUAUACAAAUUCAAAAUUGAUCAAAUACACUUUUCACAGUACAUUUUUUCGAAUCAACGCCACAAAAAAUUACGAUCGUUGAUUAAUAAAGCAGAAAAAGUGGAAAUCGGACACAAAAAACAUCCAAAACAACACACCCUAAGAAGGAAUAUAAGCAAGCAUGCAAAAAUAAAGCCAACUUUCAUUAAAUGGGCAUGUGCUGAAUAUGAAGGUGAUAAGCAGUAGUGCCACGAUACAUUUGCCAUAAUCUAUAUUAUGUAUGUGUUAAGACGUACACCAUUUUAUUCUACGUUCAUGUUCAACCGAUAUGCCAUAGUAAUUGCGAGAAAAACUGUUGUCUGAAAGACGAAAAGCAAACCUCUAAAGCCCGACAUCUACCACCGAGAGAAACGAAAGUAAAAAAAAUACAGUACACAAUACACAAUCACAAAAUAGGAAUGUAAAACGAAUUGGUCCCAGUGAAACUAGAAUAAACAAUACUGACCAUAAAUAAAUUUAAUUCGAAACACCAUACAGAGGAACCGAAAUAGGAAAUAAAUACUGAAAUCCGUUACCGGGCUGUGUGAAAAUUUGACAAGAGGAAAAAAAUUACAAAAAAGUCGAACAUCAAAUAUAUUUCAGAAAAUAUAAUAAUAAAUUAUUAUACAUCUCACGAAUCGAGUCGGAGAACGUAACAAAAGUAUGAUUUUAAUGCCAAACACGAACGUAUACUGAAAUCACAAGCACUCGGACUCGCAUCAAAAUUUUAAGAAAGGAUCUGUUAGACGAAAAGCACCAUUAAUAAAAUCCGUGUUUUCCAUCGUAUAUAUCUUUCCACAUGCAGUUCACCCAGAAAAUAUUGUUUUUUUGACUUUAUAUCGGGUGAAUGUUGAAUUUGUAUUCCUCGCAGCCAGGAAUAAGUAAUUUCGCACUGUUGAAACUCGACGUUAAAAAAUCAAAGUAGAGGGAAGACAGAAAGCAAAAAGUCAUAUUGAAAAUUAGAAGACGACUUGAAUAACCUAUUGCUAGUUUUACUAUUGUUUGAUGAAUAAAGCCUACCGAAUAUUUUAAAUUUCAUCAUCAUGUUGACCGUAAGACAUAUAGUGCUAUUGGCUUGCACAUUUGGUGUUUGUAUUAAUAGCGAAAAAAGUAAGCCACAAAUGCAUUCUGCACAAAAUAUUGCUGGAGCAAUGAAACUAGGUGCAUACACGGGCGCCGGCAGCAAUAGUUUGAAUAGCGGCACUGGCGCCGAUGCACAGCUUAAAUAUGAUGCACCGGACGAUUGUCGAUUUUUUGUUGACGGAAUGGAAGAAGUAUCUUUGGCAUGUAAUUUACGCACAAUCAACAGUGAAUUCGAUACAACAAAUUUUAGUGUAAUUCCAUCAGAGCACACGAUUUCGUUGACUAUUCUGUGUAACGAUACAAUAAUGGCAAAAAGUGCACUAGAACCGAGAAGUUUUCAACAUAUAGCCCGAUUGAAAGAUCUAACCAUCGAACACUGCAAAUUCGCAAAAUUGGGACAAGAAGUAUUAUUGGGCUUAAAUGAUUUGCGUAAUUUAACGAUACGUACGCAUAAUAUUAAUUGGUUAGCACUUAGUUUGGAUAUUGAAAUAGAUUCAUUUGUCCACACAAAAAAUCUGGAACGAUUAGACCUUAGUUUAAACAACAUUUGGUCGUUGCCCGAAAAUCUAUUUUGUAGUUUAGGCGAUUUAAAUUUCUUGAAUAUCAGUGCGAAUCGCUUGCAGGACAUCAAUGAUUUGGGAUUUCGUGAAAAACCGAAGAGUGAGCAACCUAAUGGAAAUAUGAUAAACGAAUCAUCAACGACAAACAGUUCAACCAAAAACAAUGCUUCAUCAGAUGGCACAAGAUUCGGCUCAAAACAACCAUGUACUUUGGAUAUUGAUACACUGGAUGCAUCUUACAAUCACUUCGUUUUAUUGCCUGCAAAUGGUUUCGGCCAAUUGAAACGCUUAAAGCACUUAAAACUACAUAACAAUGAAAUUUCAAUGGUCGAUGAUAAAGCUUUGGGCGGUUUGCGAAAUCUACAAAUACUUGAUCUCAGUUCGAACCGAAUUGUUGCGUUGCCAUCCGAAUUAUUCAAAGAUCCAGCCCAGUCUAUUCAGGAAGUGUAUUUACAAAAUAAUUCAAUUAGCGUAUUAUCUCCCAAACUAUUGUCGAAUUUGGAACAAAUUCAAGCACUCGAUUUAAGCACCAAUAAAAUCACAUCUGGUUGGAUUGACAAAAGUACAUUUGCAGGCCUCAUCCGUUUAGUGCUAUUGAAUCUGUCAAACAAUAAAAUCACCAACCUCGAGCCUGAAAUUUUUUCGGACCUAUACACACUACAGAUCUUGAAUUUGCGACACAAUCAACUUGAAUCAAUUGCAGCCGAUACAUUCGCACCGAUGAAUAAUUUGCACACGCUGCUUUUGUCACACAAUCGUGUCAAAUAUUUGGACGCGUAUUCCCUAAAUGGCUUAUACGUCUUAUCAUUAUUGUCACUCGAUAAUAAUGUACUGAGCGGCAUUCAUCCGGAGGCUUUUCGCAAUUGCAGCUCACUUCAAGAUUUAAAUCUUAACGGCAAUGAAUUACGAACAGUGCCAUUGGCACUCAAAGAUAUGCGUCUAUUACGAACAGUCGAUUUGGGUGAGAAUCAAAUCGUAUCGCUUGAUGAGCCCGGCUUUCGUGGCAUGUCCAAUUUAUACGGUUUGCGUUUGAUAGGCAAUAAUUUAGAAAAUGUUACAAAAAAUGUUUUCAAGGAUUUACCCAGUCUACAGAUUUUGAAUUUGGCACGCAAUAAAAUCUCCUUUGUGGAACCAGGCGCAUUUGAAAUGACAUCCAGUAUUCAGGCAAUUCGUCUCGACGGAAACUAUCUUACCGAAAUUAAUGGACUCUUCGCACAUAUGCCAAAUUUAUUAUGGCUCAAUAUCUCCGAUAAUAAACUUGAACAUUUUGAUUAUGCACAAAUCCCGUUAAGUCUACAAUGGCUCGACUUGCAUAAGAAUGAAUUAACAGAACUAACAAAUGUUUACGGUUUGGACAAUCAACUGAAACUACAGACAUUAGACGCAAGUUUCAAUCGAAUCGAAAAAGUGACACCAAGUUCCAUACCAAAUAGCAUCGAGUUACUAUUUUUCAAUGAUAAUCUUAUUACAACCGUUGAACCACACACAUUUAUGCAAAAAACGAACUUAACUCGUGUAGAUUUGUAUGCAAAUCAAAUAACCAGUUUGGACGUAAAGGCAUUGCGUUUACAACCUGUUUCAUCAGCCAAAAUGUUACCCGAAUUCUACAUUGGCGGUAACCCGUUCAUAUGCGAUUGCAAUAUCGAUUGGUUACAAAAAAUUAAUCAGGUGGAAUCUGGUCAAUAUCCACAUAUAAUGGACUUGGAAACUAUAUACUGUAAGCUGUUGCACAAUCGUGAUCGAUCGUUCAUACCAUUAAUCGAUGCCGAACCAGUUCAUUUCCUUUGCACUUAUAAAACGCAUUGCUUUGCCUUGUGUCAUUGCUGUGACUUUGAUGCAUGUGAUUGUGAAAUGACUUGCCCAAAUAACUGUACAUGUUUCCAUGAUCAAUCUUGGUCAACUAACGUCGUCGAGUGUUCGUCAGCUGGAUACAUUGAAAUGCCAACAAAUAUACCGAUGGAUACAACCGAGUUGUAUAUUGAUGGAAAUGACUUUGGUGAGCUUAGUGAACAUAGUUUCAUCGGUCGAAAGAACCUCAAAGUAUUGUAUGCUAAUAGCUCAAAUAUUCAAGUAAUCUACAAUACGACAUUUCAUGGGUUGAAAAAAUUGACGACACUUCAUCUAGAGUACAAUAAAAUUUUACGAUUACAGGGACAGGAGCUAAGUGCGUUGGAGAAUUUACGUGAAUUAUACCUACAAAACAAUCGUAUCUCGUUUAUCGGCAAUCAAACAUUUGCCGAUUUACGCAAGCUUGAAGUGCUUCGUUUGGACAACAACAAAUUGGUUCACUUUGAAAUAUGGCAACUUACACUAAAUCCAUAUCUCGUUGAAAUCGCAUUGGCUGACAAUAUGUGGUCAUGCGAAUGCAAUUACUUACACCGUUUUCGCAAUUUUUUACAAACAAACACGGAGAAAAUCAGCGAUUCAAGUCGCAUUGCUUGCGUUUACAACAAUUUAACGAGUGUUCUCAAAGAUAAAAAUGGCUCAAAGUGCACGCUCAAAGACGGUGUAUCGACCAUUAUACGGCCUCAAGACAUAGAAAAUUUAUUACCGCUCUUGUUAGCGGCUACGUGCGCGUUUGUUGCUUUCUUCGGUCUGAUCAUUGGUAUUUUUUGCUAUCGCAAUGAAUUGAAACUUUGGGCACAUACUCAUUGUCUUCCAACCAUGUGCUACAAGUCGGCCGCUUUCGUCGAUGAUUACGAUAAAGAUCGCCUAUAUGAUGCCUAUAUUGCAUACAGCUUACAAGACGAGCACUUUGUUAACCAAAUUUUGGCAAACACAUUGGAAAAUGAUGUUGGAUAUCGAAUGUGUUUGCACUACCGCGACUUCAAUACAAUUACAAAUUAUAUAGCUGAUACAAUAAUCGAGGCGGUAGAAAGCUCAAAACGGGUAAUUCUCGUGUUGUCUCGAAAUUUCUUGUACAAUGAAUGGAGUCGAUUUGAAGUGAAAAGUGCUAUUCACGAAGUGCUAAAGCGACGACGAAAACUGAUUUUUAUUCUGUAUGGCAAUUUACCACGGCGAGACAUCGAUGCAGAUAUGCGUGAAUAUUUGCGAACCAAUACUUGCAUCGAAUGGGAUGAUAAAAAGUUUUGGCAAAAAUUACGCAUCGCAAUGCCACAAAUUAGAAAAAAUAAUUGUCUGGCAAAACGAUCGGCUGUCAAUAUUUAUGCAACAGCAGCCCAAAACUAUAAUACGACUCAACGUCAUGCCGAUUACGGUAGACAUAUGGACUGCAAUAAUUAUGCGACGAUAAAUGAUUGCACAACCAAUUACGCUGCAACACCCGCCAAUCGAGACAAAUACGAAACAGUCAAUUGCUACAGCACGAAUGAGCGUCGACCACUGCCACCGCCCAUUUUAUUAAGCGGAAAAUCACUCGAUCGACAUAAUCAUCACGAAUACGCGGUUCCUACGAAUUGUACGAAAGACGAAGACCAUAGCGGAAACAACAGUUUACUUAGUGCUGAAGCGAGUAGUGGCAGCAGUGGUAAACAGCCUCAACAUCAUCAUCAACAACAACAUCAUCAUCAACAUCAAAGUAGUAGUAAUAGUAGCGCUAGUACAGGUAUUAUCGGCAACAAUAUUGUUUCAAAUCAAAAUUUAACCAUCAAUUUGAGCGAAACGAACAGUUACAAUAAUAGCGCAAACAAUAGCAAUUGUUGCAAUAACGAAGAAUGCUGCAAUAAUAAAUGUGAUUUAAAUUGUACACUCGACAGGCGAUUGCCACAAGCUAUGUGGGCCUAGUUUUAAGAUUAGCUAUCGGAACUCAAACGAAAAUACCAAACCGAACAUUAAACUGGAACUGAAACUAAAAUUAAAAUAAAAUAUAAAAUUAACUAAAUAUUAAUAUUAAACAUUUGUUAACAGAGUCAGAAACGGCAUUAAACGUGAUAGAUAUUACGUGUAGCAGAGAAUUACAUUCAUAACUUGAUUCGAAGUGAAAAUAAUAAAUUAUCCAAAAAUAAUAACAAAUUUGGGAUUUUUUUAUUUUAAAAAUUAUUCAAAAUGUAAAUAAUCAAAGCGAUGAAAUGA